AUGUAUCCUAUGGAUUUAACAAAGACGAUUCCAUCGGAUAGUGAAAGUAAAAAUGUGUUUUUAAAUGAUGCUGAGUUAGACAAAAUUGCUCUAUUUCUUGUUGGAAAUCAACAACGUUUUAGAGAAAAUAUCAUAAUUCCCAGAAUGCUGGGACCUGUGCAAAUAAAAACGAUUGAAGAGAAAAGGAUAGAAAGGGUAAUGGAAAGCUGUGCAUUUAAAAGCAUCAUGAGUUGUGUCAUUGGCUAUGGCUUAGGAGCAGCUAUUGGACUAUUCUCUUCUAGUGUAAAUCCUAAUGUAGCGAGUGUUGAAAAGCAACAAAGUGCACGAGAAAUAUUAAAAGAGAUGAAAAGUACAACACUUAGUUAUGCAAAAAACUUUGCAGUUGUUGGAUGCAUAUUUUCUGCCAUUGAAUGCUCAAUAGAAUCGGUAAUUCAAUUACCUAAACAUCUGUUAAAAAGAUCUUACUUUCAUAUAGGUAAAACUGAUUGGAAAAAUGGCACAUAUGCAGGUGGUUUAACAGGUGGACUAAUUGGCUUAAGGGCUGGUAUAAAAGCAGGCAUAGUUGGCGCUGCAGGUUUUGCAGCAUUCUCAACAGCAAUAGACUAUUACAUGCAUAGAUCUUAAAUUACACAAUUUAAGUUGGUUAGAAUAUAUAUAUAUAUAUAUAUAUAUAUAUAUAUAUAUAUAUAUAUAUAUAUAUAUUUGUAUAAAAGAUAUAAAAAUUUGUGUGUGUGUGUAGUUAUGUUUCUGUAUAAAAUUUGUAAAAACAUGAAAUGUUUUAAAUGUAAAAAUGCUUAUAAAACUAAUAUUAUGUGACUGAAGGAUUGCAGGUAUAAAAUAUGUUGUUUUUGAUAUCAAUUUCCUGCCUAAUAUAUUAAAAUUUACUCAAAAUUAUAUGAAACUUUUUUUUCUACAUAUGAUCACAUUUCACGUUUCGUUGCUUAUAUUAUAUGAAAUAGAAUUUGCAUAACAUAUGCAAUACACAUAGAAGAUUACAAAACCUUAAGUCACAUUCACCUUAAAUAUUAUGUUUUUUAUUUCUAUCAACAUAUUAAUAAUAUGGAUAUCUCGAAAUACAUCUUCUUUCUCUUCAUUAUUCUCAUGUUAUGUGAUUCGUAUAAGAACAUAAAAAAAAAAGUUAAAAAUACUCAACCAAGAAAUAAAACAUAUAUAGAUUAAGUAUAUAAAUAUAUUUAAAAUUAACUUUGGGUUUUUCUCAAAGUGGUUUUGCACAUUUAUACUUCUUUGCUUCUCAAUCAAUUAAUCUUAACAAUUAAACAAUACAAGAUUGCCUUGCUUGAAAUAAAAAGGUAAAAUAUCUCAAUAUAUUUCUGUGAUAUGUCAGACUGUUUUCGAGAGCUGUGUCAAUCUUUUAAAACUUAGGUCGAUGUUAAUGAAUUUUUACUCAAUUCAUGAGAUUCCUUAUUUAAUAUUAGCACAAUAUAUAAGUCUUAUCAUAAAAUAUUUAUUAUGACUAUAUUGCUUAAUCAUGAAAAUAAUUCUUUUUCUUAUUUUGCAAGUAUCUAUAAUCCAUCCAUGAUUUCCAACGAAUAGGUUAUAUAUUUGUGAUGUAAAAAAAUUUCUUAUGUAUGUAUAUAUAUUACUAUUAAAAUCAUGAUAGUGACAAAAAUUGCAAGGC